AUGAUUGGGCAUUAUUUUAGAGAAACUAUGCUUAAUGAAUUGGAAUGUAAAUUACAGGAGCUACAUCAAAUAGAAAAACGUCCAUGGAUUGCUUUAUUUAUGACACAUCCCUUUUUGGUAAGCAAUGAUGAGAACAAGGUUCAGUGGUUUGUAAUGAAUGACACUCAUCGCUUCUUCGAUAUUUUAAAACGUUACAAGGUUAAGAUUGAAGAUUUUUAA